AAUUUGAACGAAAGUAAAACUUUUUCAUAUUCCGCUAUUCUCGCGAAAAAUAUUUGAUAUUUUCAACUAAACAACAAAGAAAAUUAUUGUUUACUUUGUGUAAAAAUUUAAUUAAAACAGUUUAAAGUUAGAGAAGUUAAAGAAAAUAUCAUAAAAAUGUAUUACAUUCGGUAUUUGUGUAAUAAAAGUGCCAGAGAAAAAAUUGAUUAGUAUAAAAAAGUGCCACCGAGAAAAAAUCAGUGUAUGAAGCAAAAUAGAGGAGAAAAAAAGAAAACAACAACAAAUACUGUGCCAACCAAUUAGAAAUUUAACACCAAUUAAAAUACCACCAACAAAAUAAAUAAACAUUUAGCACAUUCAAUCAAAUACAGAUUAAAAACCCUGAAAAUUAUAAAUUACUAGUUUUCACACAAAUUUUUUAUUUCUUUUUUUUGUUAAUAAAUACAUUUUGCAAGAGAUAAAGGUUUUUUAGUUAAAGUAAUACAAUCGCUUUAGCAGAGAAAAAAAAACAACAACAAACGAGUCUAAUAUACAGAGCAGUAGCGGCAGCAGCAACAGCCGUAGUAGCAGAGAGAAGAAUAAACAUCAAAUCGAAAACAGAAUAGAAUAAAAUAUGUGUCAGAAUUAUUCAUUGCGAAGAUUCUGUGAGGAGUGGCGUAUCUGGAUACGACCUUUACUUAUUAUAACCUAUGGCAUAUUUGCGAUAAUCGUAGUGCCUCUGCUCAUUAUCAACUCCGUUAAGGAUGGCUUUCAGCGUCGUGAUCAAUUGAUAUUAAUUGGUGGCUUAUUUGUUUUAUCAGCAGUGCCCAUAUCAAUUUGGCAUAUUAUUCAGCAUGUUGUACAUUUUACAAAACCCAUUUUACAAAAACACAUCAUACGCAUAUUGUGGAUGGUGCCCAUAUAUGCCUUAAAUGCUUGGAUUGGUUUAUUCUUUCCGAAACAUUCAAUCUAUGCCGAUUCGUUACGUGAGUGCUAUGAGGCCUAUGUGAUCUAUAAUUUUAUGGUCUAUUUGUUAAAUUAUUUAAAUUUGGGCAUGGAUUUGGAAAUGACCAUGAUGUACAGAACACAGGUACAUCAUUUCUUUCCCAUGUGUUGCAUUCGUCCCUGGACUAUGGGUCGAGAAUUUAUACAUAAUUGUAAACAUGGCAUUUUGCAGUAUACAGUGGUGCGGCCAAUAACCACAUUUAUAGCGGUUAUUUGCGAAUUAUGCGGUGUCUAUGGAGAAGGUACUUUUGCCGGAAAUGUAGCAUUUCCCUAUAUAGUUGUUAUCAACAAUAUCUCUCAAUUCGUAGCUAUGUAUUGUCUCGUAUUGUUUUAUAAAGCCAACAAGGAGGAUUUAAAACCCAUGAAACCUAUACCAAAAUUUUUGUGCAUUAAGGCUGUAGUUUUCUUUUCAUUUUUCCAAGGAGUGUUACUAAACGUUUUAGUUUAUUAUAAAAUUAUAAAAAUCUUUGAAGCUGAUGAUUUGGGUGAGGAUGCCAAUUUGGCCUCCAUGCUGCAAAAUUUCAUUAUUUGCAUUGAAAUGUUUAUAGCAGCAGUUGCUCACAUUUAUAGUUUCCCUCACUAUCCAUUCCAUAUUAAUUCUCAACAAUAUUGGAAUAAUCCAAAUCAUAACUGGUGUCGGGCUUUUUUGUCCAUGAUCGAUAUAUCCGAUAUACAAGAGGAUGUAUCCGAACAUUUAGGAGUUGUCACUGGCACAAUAAGUCGACGGUUCCAAGGUCGCAGUGCUUAUCAGCCUUUAUCGCGUGGCACUAGGCGUUCGAGUGGUGAGUACUUUAGACGACUAGAUGGUGAGGAUUCGAGCAGUAGCCAACAACUGUUAGUUCCGGACACUGACAUCAGUGAUAAAACAGGUAAUAAUAAGAAAAGAAAUCCAUAUCAAACGCAUUAUACUAAACCACUGGCCAAGGCCAAUCGCUAUGGAGCUACAGAUAGUCUUGUGCUACCCGUUUGUGAUGCUGCAAUAACCAAUGAUUCUCAAUCUCAAUCCCAAUUAGCAGGUAACCGUCCCACCACUUCCAAAGCUUCCAUAACAACUGGCAACGAUACUAGCAAUGCCGCCGCCAUCAUUGCCACCAACACUAACACUCAUCCCUCUGCUACCCACUCCAAUUUUGGCGGUAUUAGUAUACAAAAACGCGAUCCCAACGUUAGAGACUUUCCGACACAUUAUGGGGCACCCGUGGCAGGUGGUACUAGUUUCCUGCAGGCUCGUAAUGUAACGACAACACAUGCUCCCAGUCCCAUUCCAGAGUCCGUUGAUGAUUUUGCAUCAUUUAUCGGUUCCUCAAGAUGACAGCGUUAUGAUAGUAAUAGUCAAAAUUAUAAUCCAUCCGCUAGUGAAUCGAUUUCUAUAGGGUUUUCCAGUAGCCUUAAGUUGUCGACGGGUGGCAGCCUCAGUAACAACAGUAAUAAUUCAUCUGAUUGGUUAAGUUCGCCCGCCGAUGGUGUGGGUUCAAAAUUAUUAUUAGAUGAUGAUAAUAAUGAUAAUGAUGAUGAUGAUAAUGAUGACGACAAUGUUGGCGAUGAUAUUGAUGUAGGUCCAACAAGUUCUAAUAUGCAACAACAACAACUACAACUUAGCCAACCACAAACUGAAUCUAACGAAUACAUCACUUAAACAUCACCACUAACAAUCACGACAACUAAUACAAAAACAAACAGAAAAAGAAAAACAAGAAACACCAAACACAAUUGAACUACAAACAAAAUUAUUAUUAAUACAACCAAAUGAUAGAAACGAAAACAAAUCUACUUAAAAAAUUAUAGACGUACAGAUCGAACGAGUGUAGACUUUAGGGAAGAAAAGAAAAACAAAAUACCCAAAAAAGCAAUUGUUAUUGUUUGUUUUUUCUUUAUUAAUCUUUGUAUUUUGUAACUUAAAUGUUUAUACUUUUUAGAAGUAAAUUAACAAUAUUAUCAUUAAUUAGUGAUAAUAUGGUGUUAACAAAUUUUUUUGGAUAUUAUAACCGAAUUCUAAGUUUCAUAUUCUUUAGAAUCUUUUUUUUAAAUUUAUGAAUAUUGCACUUGUUUUCUUGCGAGCUGCCCCUUCAUCAUUCCUAUGUUUCAAUUUCAGAUUCCAUUUAAUACUCUUAAAAAUGUAUCUUAUUUCCGCACAGUUCACAGACCAAUCUUUUAGUUAUUUGACAACAUGUAUAUUUUGUCUUUCUGCAGUCACUGUAUCGGAUUUUUCUGUAUUGUAUAUAUUGCUAUAAAACAAUGGUUUUCAGAUCUUUGGUGCCAUUAAAGUAAUAAUCCAAAAUAAUCAACAAAUGUUUUUGAAAAAAUCUAAAUUUCAAAAUUUUUUAAAAAUUUUUAAAAAAUUAAAACACUCUCUUGUAUGUUCGAAUUUUCAAAUAUUUGUAUUAUAUUCGAAAAUUUGAAUCGUGUUCAAAACUAAUCUAGAAAUUCUGAUAACUCCUAAAAAAAUUAGGAAUUUUAAAAUUUUAUUCGAACAUUUGCAAAAAACUUUCAAAAUAUUUAUAAACUUUCAAUAUUAGAUGGAAAAAGUCACAUAUUUUCAAAUUAUUCCUUUUCAAAUUAUUACGUUUCCGCAUUCACUUACACAAUAAUCGAAAAUAAGUUCGAAAAUUCGAAAUUAUUUCCGAAAAGUUGUUAACGCUGUUAAAAUUUUAUCUAAAUCAUUAGGAAACUGAAAAAUAUAAUUUUAGUUUUAUUUGUAACCAAAUUUAUUACAUUUUACAAUUUCAAAAACAAAAUUUUUUUAAAAAAAGAUUUCAAAAUAUUUGUAAAUUUUCAAUAUUGGAUUGAAAAAGUCACAUAUUUUCAAAUUAUUCCUUUUCUAAAUUUUAAAUACGUUUCCGCCUUCACUUACACAAUAAUCGAAAAUAAGUUCGAAAAUUCGAAGUUAUUUUUGAAAGCUUAUUAAGGCUGAUAAAAUUAUCUUUAAAUCUUUAGAAAGAUUAAAAAUACAACAUUUAUUUUAUUUUAAUUGAAAUUGAAGGCAUUUUUUUAAUUUCGAACUAAUAUUUUCAAAAAGUUUUCAAAAUAUUUAUAAAUUUUCAAUAUUGGAUUGAAAAAGUCACAUAUUUUCAAAUUAUUCCUUUUCUAAAUUUCAAAUACGUUUCCGCAUUUACCUAAGCAAUGAUCGAAAACAAGUUCGAAAAUUCGAAAUUAUUUUAGAAAAAUUGUAAAGGCUGUUUAAAUUAUCUCUAAAUUUUUAGGAAGAUUAAAAAUACAACUUUUGUUUUAUUUUAAGCGAAAUUGAGACCAUUUUCUAAUUUCGAACAAACAAAUUUUCAAAAAAAAAAAAGAUUUUUCAAUAUUAGUUUCAAAAUAAGAUAUGUUCGGCAUUCAGUUACACAACGUUGAGAAAAAGUUAUUCCAACAAAAAGCGAAAUCGUAAGAAUAAGAAGAAGCAUUUCCAUUUAGUUCUAAUGCGUAAUGAUUGCGUGUAUUCUACAUUAUAAUCGCAACUACGUUUUUGUAAAUUAUUUCAGUAACUAAAUGUCUAAUUGAAAUGCAAAACGUAGAAGUAGUCAAACGGAGAAAAUUUCGAUUCGAAUUGAUAUGCAGAAUAGAUAUGAUUAACUUGGAUUUUUAUUUUGUUUAGGAAGCUACCUGUUUUCUUUAUAAAAACUUAUCUAAACCGAUUUUAAAAUGUUAAACCUUAACCAAAAUCAUAUAUAUUUAACCCCUAUUCUGAAUUUCGACUACAUUUACCCAUUCAGUUACACAAUGUUCGAUCAUUGUAUAGGUAUUAUAACAAAAACUGAAUCGUAAGAAAAAGAAUUUUGAUCGUAAUUACGUUUUUGUAAGCUGUUCUUUAUGUGGCGCAGAGUCGAAUCAAAAUGCAGAAUGCCAAAGUUGCCAACCGAAGAAAAUUUCAAUUCAAAUUGAAAUGCAUAAUAGGGGACAUUCAUUAAAAGAACUUUUGUGAAACUUACUUAUCAAUAUAACGGUCUAAAUCUAUAUAUUGCGCAAUGCACUUUUUGAAACAGUACUUUUUGAAAAAGUACUUUUUUACUUAAAAAAAAAAAAACGAAACAUUUAAGU